AUGCAAGGUACAAAUGCAAAAGUCUAUAUGCGAAUUCAUGACAAAAACGGACAAGUAUCUGAACCAAUUGAACUUCAUCAAUCUAUUAAUCAUAAGAAUAAAUUUGAACGAGGACAAACAGAUGAAUUUGAUGUUGGCUCCACUCAAUUACUCAAUGGUAUUGAUAAACUCGAAUUAUGGCAUGAUGAUACUGGUAUUGGUCAUGGAUGGUUUGCUGACUAUGUAGCUGUAAUUGAUAAUAAAACUGGUGAAGAAGCAUGUUUUUUUAUUGGAGAAUAUUUAAACAAGCAGAAUGGUGGAGUCGAAGAAAAACAUCUUAUAUUAGAUAAGCAAACACUCGACAAUCGACCAUGUCGUGAGCAUAAGUUUGAUGUAAAUGAGUCAACAAUUCAAGAAACUGUAGCAGCAGGAAAUUCAUUAACACCAUUUACACAAACAUACCGUAUUGAAACAAAAACAGGUCAUACUGGUCUUUUUGGUUUGGGUGGAGCGAGUACAAAUGCAAACGUAUUCAUUCGUAUUCAUGACAAUAAUGAUAAAUUAUCUGAACCACUUCAACUAAAACAUUCGUUAAUACAUAAAAAUAAAUUUGAAAGAAAUCAAACUGACCAAUUUGAUGUGGGCACUUAUAAAAGUCUGGAUGGUAUUAAGAAGGUCGAAUUGUGGCACGAAAGUGGCAAAAAUGAUGGAUGGCAAGUGGAUUAUGUUAAAGUAAUAGAUAACAAAACAGGAGAUUCUUACUGUUUUUUUGUCAAUGGCAUGCUUGAUAAAAAUUCUGGCUUAAAAAAAACUCAUGUUUUACUUCAAUAUCCAUCAGUAAAUGUUUCAUGCUUGGAUGAACUAAAGGUAAUGAAAACAAUACAUAAUACCACGGCAAUUAACAUGAUUGAUUCUCAAAAGAAUGAUAAAAUCGAAAGAAAUUUCACGAUUAGAACUAAAACAGGUAAUCAAGUAGAAGCUGGUUCGACCACACCUAUUCAUAUUCAAUUGUUUGAUGAUCGAGGUCAAAAAUCUGAAGAUAUACGCCUUAAACACAAAGAUCAUGAUAAACAUAAUUUUGAACCGAGUGCUAUUGAUGAAUUUCAAGUGACAUCUUUUCAGCCACUAUCUAAGAAACUACAAGGCAUUCGUGUUAAACAUAAUGCUGAUAAAUAUCAAGGAUGGUAUGCUGAAUGGAUAGAAAUUACAGACGAAGAUAACAUGCAAACUUAUUGUUAUCCUAUUCAACGAUGGAUUGACAAAGCUGAAAAUGAUAAACGAACUGACAUAUAUUUCUCUGAUGUUUCUGACGUGCCAUGUGAUUCAUUACUCAAUACAAUGCCUGAAUCAGGUCAUCAAUCUGUAUCAAUUGUUCGAGAAGUACCUGCUGGUACUGUUUCAUCUUUAACAUAUCCAUCACAGACAACAGCUCAAACACUAGCUACAUCAUUCAAAAAUACUUAUCAUGUGAAAACUAAAACAGGAAAGAAAGGUUUCUUAGGUCUUUCAUCAACAGGAACAAAUGCAAAAGUUUUUUUACGAAUUAUUGAUAAAAACAGUGAUGUUUCGGAAACUAUUCAAUUACAUGGUUCAACUGAUCAUAAAAAUAAAUUUCAACGAGGUCGAACUGAUGAAUUUGAUAUUGGAACGAGCAAACAGUUAAAUGAUAUUGAUCAUAUUGAAUUAUGGACAGAUGGAAAAGAUUUGGAUAAUGGAUGGUUUCUUGAGUAUAUCCAAGUAACUAAUAACAAGACAGGUGAUAUUGCAUGUUUUCCUGUCAAUCAAUAUUUGAAUCAUAAGAACGGUGGAAUUGAAGACAAUCCAUUAAGAUUGAAAAAAGUAACGGAUGAACGAUCUUGUCAACAAUUAAUCGAAGAUAGUAAUGAUAAUGAUAAUGAAUCCGAAGAACAAAUCUCAUCUUCUAAUGUGAAGUUUUCCGGUCUAUCUAGUAAAUACAAGAAUACAUUUUCAGUAGUAACUAAAACUGGCCAUGUUGGCUUUUUGGGUCUGAGUUCUGCUAGAACUCAUGCUCCUGUAUUCAUUCGUAUACAUGAUACUAAAGGCAAAAUAUCUGAAGCAAUUCAAUUACAGAAUUCCAUUAGACAUACGAACAAAUUCGAAAGAAACCAAACUGAUCAAUUUGAUAUUGGAACUUACGAAUUGCUUGAAGGUGUUUCACGAGUCGAACUUUGGCAUGAAAAUGAUAAGAACGAUGGAUGGCAACUUGAAUAUAUUCAACUUAUUGACAAUCAAACAAAUACAUCUUAUUGUUUUUCUGUUAAUAAAAUGCUUGAUAAAAAUUAUGGUUCAAAACAAACUCAUAUUCUACUUGAAACACCAUUGAUCAAUGUAUCCUGUUCCGAUCAAAGUCAAGUAGUACAAAGAAAUCGAAUGAAUACAGACAUGACCAGUUCGAAGAAGAAAAAAGAUAAAUAUGUACGAAACUUUACUAUUCGAACAAAAACUGGCAAUCAAAUAGAAGCAGGUUCGACAACACCCAUUCAUAUUCAAUUAUUUGAUGAUCAAGCACAAAGUUCAGAGGAUAUUCGUUUGAAACAUCAUGAACAUGAUAAACAUAAUUUUGAACCUGGUGCUACUGAUGAGUUUCGAGUAACAUCUUAUCAACCGUUAUCAAAUCAAUUGACUGGUAUUCGUAUUAAGCAUAAUGCUGAUAAAUAUCAAGGAUGGUACUGUGAAUGGAUAGAAAUCAUAGAUGAUGAUAAUGAAAAAAUCUAUUGUUAUCCAAUACAACGAUGGCUUGACAAAGCAGAAAAUGAUAAGAAAACUGAUGUGUAUUUUAAUGAUUUAUCAGAUGUUCCCUGCAGUUCUUUAUCUGAUACAAUUAUGGAAUCAGGUCAUUAUUUAGCUUCCAUUAUUCGAAGAUCACAUACAUCGCAAUUAUCAUCGGAAAUAUCUCCUAUACCAUUUCAAAAUACCUAUCAUGUAGAAACAAAGACAGGAAAGAAAGGUUUUCUUGGCUUAUCAUCUACUGGUGAGUAUCGUGACUACACAGAGUCCUCAUACAAAAAAGUACUACAUAUUUUUAAAGGUACAAAUAAUAAUGUAUAUAUUCAAAUCAUUGAUCGUAAUGGAAAUAAAUCAGAACCAAUUCAAUUAAAGAAAUCUAUUGAUCAUAGAAAUAAAUUUGAACGUGGUCAUAUAGAUGAAUUCGAUAUUGGUUCCACAAAGCCACUCAACGGUAUUAACCAGUUAGAAAUUUGGACCGAUGGGAAAAGUUUUGGACAUGGAUGGUAUGCUGAUUAUAUUAUUGUAACAGACAAUAAAACAGGCGAAGAAGCAUGUUUUCUGAUCGAUGAAUAUCUGAACAAGGAAAAUGGUGGUGUAUCUGUUAAUCACCUUUUAUUGGAUAAGCAGACCGGUAAUAUUUCAUGUCGUGAAAGACAUCAAAAGCAAGAAGAUGAUCUUGAUACUAUUCGAACACUUCAAAUGGAAGCUAUUAAAUCAGUUAUAAUUUCUUCCGAUCAUGCUUCAUCUACUAUUGUCUACAAAAGAACUUAUCAUAUUGAUACGAAGACAGGUCCUAAAGGAUUUUUGGGUGGUGUAUCAUCAGCUGGUACUAAUGCAGAUAUUUAUCUACAAAUUCAUGAUAAAUCAGGUCACAUAUCUGAACCGAUUUCUCUACGUUGUUCAACAAAACAUUCGAAUCCAUUUGAAAAAGGCAAAACAGAUUCGUUUGAUAUUGGUACAAAAGAAUCUCUCGAUAGUAUUGCUAAACUUGAGUUAUAUCAUAAUGGAACUGACCUUGAUCAUGAAUGGAAUGUAGAAUAUGUCAAUAUUGUUGAUAAUACUACGGGACAUAGUUAUUGUUUUUCAAAUGAAAAAUGGCUUAGUAAUUCUGAACAUUUAAUAUUAGAUAAUUAUGUAUUAAAUAUAUCAUGUGAAGACGUAAUCAAAGAACAAAUCGAAUCAAAGAUUGAUACAAAUAGUACAAAAAUCAAACAAAAACGUAGUUUUACUGUACGAACGAAGACAGGAUCUCAAGUGGAAGCUGGUUCGACAACACCGAUUUAUAUACGUCUUUUCGAUAAUCGUUCUCAAAAAUCUGACAAAAUUCGUUUAAAACAAAAAGAUAAAGAUAGUCAUCAUUUUGAACCAGGUUCAAUAGAUGAAUUUCAUGUAACAUCCGAUAAACCGUUGAAUACAUUAACUGCCAUUGAAAUUUCGCAUACUGCGGAUAAAUAUCAAGGAUGGUAUGGUGAAUGGAUAUCAGUGACUGAUAAUGAUGAAAAUAAAACAUACUGUUUUCCAUUGCAACGUUGGUUAGAUAAAGGAGAAUUAGAUGGAAAAAUUGAUAUUCAUCUAAAAUAUAUUCCAACAAUGAUUUCUUGUGAACAAUUACCUGAUUCAAUGAAACGACCAAGUUCAUUAUUAAGUACAUCUAUUCAAAGCUCAACAAUAAAAAAUAUAAUAGAAGAAUAUAAAUCACUAUAUCAUGUACAAACAAAAACAGCAAAAAAGGGUUUUUUGGGAUUAUCACCGACGGGAACUGAUGCAAACGUAUUUAUUCGAAUUCAUGAUAAAGAUGGUAAAGUAUCUGAAUCAAUUGAACUCAAAAAUUCUAUUGAUCAUAAAAAUAAAUUUGCUCGUGGGAAGAUAGAUGAUUUUGACGUUGGAUCAACCCAUGAGUUAAACAGUAUGAAUAAACUUGAAUUAUGGACUGAUAGCAAAGACAUCAGCAAAGGAUGGUACCCAGAAUACAUUCAAAUAACAGAUCAAAAGACAAAUGAAGUUAGUUGCUUUGUUAUCGAACAAAACGAAAAAUAUGGUGGAGUGAAGGAUGAUCAUUUAAUAUUAGAUAAACAAAAAGAUAAUCGAGUAUGUCAGGAAUUAAAGAAAGAUGAUACAAUUAAUUCAUAUGAUAAAAAUUAUGAUGAAACCAAACAAAGCUUUCUUUCCAACGUAGAAUCUCAAGGAAGAUUUCAAGUUGAAAUUAAAACAGGUCAUAGUGGGUUUUUGGGAUUGGGUGGUGCUGGAACUGAUGCACCUGUAUUUAUUCGAAUUUAUGAUAGUAAUGAUCAUAAAUCUGAAGCAUUUCAAUUAAAAUAUUCGACAAAACAUAAAAAUAAAUUCGAAAGAAAUCAAAUAGAUCAUUUUAUUGUUCAUACUGACGAACCAUUUGAUGACAUUUCUAAACUUGAUCUAUGGCAUGAAGGUAAUGAAAAUGAUGGAUGGCAAGUUGAUUAUGUCAACAUUAUCGACAACAAAACUAAUAUAUCCUAUUGUUUUCCGGUAAAUACAAUGCUGGAUCAAAAUUCUAGUUUAAAACAAACAAGUAUACAUGUUGAAAAUCCAUUAAUUAAUGUAUCUUGUAAAGAAGAAACCGAAGCAAUUAAGAAAAGUCAUAGUUAUACAUCAGUAUCAAAAAAACUUAAACCAGAUAAAUUAUCUCGAAAUUAUACUGUUCGAACAAAAACAGGUAAUCAUGCAUCGGCUGGUUCAACAACACCUAUACAUCUUCAAUUAAUCGAUAUAUAUGAUAAAAAAUCGAGAGAUAUUCGAUUAAAGAAAAAAGAUAUGGAAGGCCAUCAUUUUGCACCUGGUAACAUUGAUGAAUUUAAAAUUACAUUACCUGAACCAUUAUCAACAUUAAAAGCUGUUAAACUUUCACUUGAUGCUGAUAAAUAUCAAGGUUGGUAUGGUGAAUGGAUUUCAAUUACCGAUGAUAAUAAUCAAGAAACCUAUUGUUUUCCAAUUCAACGUUGGUUAGAUAAAGGUGAAAAUGAUCAUAAAACUCAUGUUAUUCUAUAUCAACAAUCUAUUAUUCCAUGUAAUCAAUUAUUGGACUCGAUACUUAUUCAAUCUUCAUCAAUGAACAAUGAAGAUAACGAGCAAUCAAGCAAUAGUGAAGGAAAUAUUAAAACAUCUAUCACAAAUCUAUUAUCAUUAGAUCAUCGAUAUGAAAAUAUAGGUUCUCAUGAUUUUCAAGUACGUACGAAAACAGCAGAUAAAUCAUUACAAGGCAAACUUGGACGUGAUGCUAAUGUUUAUUUAAAUAUCUAUGAUAAAAAUAAUAAACAAAUCAGUGGUUCUAUAAGACUUCAAAAUUCGAAAAAUCAUAAAGUACCAUUCCAAAGACAUCACACAGAUAAAUUUGAUAUAACAAUACCAAAUAUUAAAAUUAAUGAUAUUGAUCGAAUUGAUUUAUAUCAUGAUGGACGAAAUGAUGGAUGGUUUUGUGAUUUUGUUGAAAUAAAAAAUCGUCAAACAAAUGAAACAAAAUGUUUUUCUGUUCAUCAAUGGUUAGAUAAAGUAUCCGACGAUAGAAUUCAAUUUUCAAUGACUAAUUAUCAAAAUAUUCCAUGUGAUGAUAAAAGACAUGUUAUAAAUUAUCAAUAUUAUACUAUAAGAAUUAAAACAAAUACAACAAAUUUAACACCAAAUGAUUCAAUGAAUAUAUUCAUUAAACUCUUUGGUAAAUCUCAUCAAACAGAACGAAUUCAAUUAGAUCAAACAAUUGAUAAUAAACAAGCAUUUCGACGAAAUAAUUCUAUAGAUAUAUUUGAAAUACGAACAUCAACGAAAUUAAAUUCACUUCAAAAAAUCGAAUUUUUUUAUGAAUUUUCAUCAAAUAAUAGAAAAUUUUCUUUAGAAUGGAUCGAAAUAACUAAUUUAUCGAAUGGUAUUAUUUCUUGUUUUCCAGUUAAUCGUAUAUUAACACAAUUAGAUAUUAACAGAGGAAUGCAACAAGUAUUGACAUUAAAUGAAUCAAAUAAUCAACCUUGUUCUUAUUGA